AUGGCCAGCCUCGGCACAAUACCAGAACUGACCGUCAACCCUUCACUGGCCGGCCACGAGGCCUCCAUCAAUGGCGCCCUAGCGGCUUUCAGGGAGGAGCUAGACAGAUACUACCAAUACAGAAAGAUCAUCGCGGAAAGUUACGACGCGAUACGGGAGUGUCUUGAUAUGCUGUUUGAGACGUAUACUGAUGACUCGACAAUGGGUUGGAUCAAGUCACAUUUAGAAGAGGAAGCCCAACCCGUCGAAACUGUCCUGACCAAAGACCCCAUUAUCUUGGUCAGUGGCCAGGUUAACUGCGGCAAGUCAUCUUUCAUCAACGAACUACUACAGCGCAACAUUGUUCCUGUGGAGGAACACCCGUGCACUUCGAGAAUUGUUAGAAUAAGGCACAGUAAAGAGGAAUAUUAUCAAGUCAUCGGCACGCAAGGUGGGCAGAUUGGUAAACGGCAUAGCCUGAAGACCAGCGAACUCCGCGAGGAGGUGAAACUAAAAGAAGGAAAGAGAGAGGCCAAGGGUCUGGUCGAGGAUGUGGUGGAGAUUGGUCUCGAUCACCCGAUGCUGGCGUCGGGACUUCAGAUAGUCGACACCCCUGGCCUCAGUGAGAACGUGGCUAUGGACACGGUGGUGUCGCAGUGUCUGGACGGGGUUCUGCAGGUCCUCUUCUAUGUUAUUGACGGGAAUACCUCUUUACGAGUUCAGGAUAUAGAGUUCAUUGCGCACGUCACGGCCAGGGCCCCGGAUAUGAAGAUCAUCUACGUAUGUAACAAAUGCGAGGAGGACAACAUGGCUUGUUCAAUGGACGCUGCCAGUGAUGUCAACAGUAGCGAAGACGAGGACGAACAUGGAGGGCCGCCUUUCGGUGUGAUUCCGAAAGGUCAGCUAGCAUUCAGGAAAUUGAAAAACUUCAGCCUUAUUAGCGAAAAUGACGGGGAAGAUAGUGAUGUGUUCUACCAGUUGUCAUGCAGUAUGCUAAAGAGAGCUCGGAAGCGCGGUUUCUCGGAAGAAAACAGAUUCACUGCGGAAUUCCGUAGGCUGGUGACAUCUGUGAUGGGUCACAUGCGGGAGUGCCUCCAGAUUCAUCUUUUGGAGGCAAUUGUGGCCGCUUGUGGGAUAGCCGCACGCGUUUUCGAUUUUCUGGUCGGGGAACGCUGCACUUUCAGAGGUACCGGAAGAUAA